AGUCGGUGUACGCAAUCGGCGGUCGACGGUCGUGGAUCCCCGGAUAAUUUGUACCUAAUUGUUUAAUCUGUGAGAUUGUUGUGAAUGAAUACGGUGUUGUGUAGACCGCGUUAACGGUACUGCAGGCAGUGUGUACACGUUCGAGAAACAAUGCCACGGUUAGAGCAGCAGCCCCCAGAGGACUUUCGUCGAGUGUUGCGCGAGAAAGCCCUAAGUCACAGCUUGUUCUACCUCAAACUGGGCGCGGGAAUAGAACCGGAUAAGGCGAGGGAGUCUGCGUCCGCGCAACGCAGACCCAGCGCCAGUGGAGUUGCGUUCGCGCCUCAGAACGCGCGUGUCAGGCACGCGCAGCCGCGCGUCUCCGAGCUACUGCGGCGCUUCGAACCCGCCCCCAUGCAAUACCUCCGCAUCCCGCGGGCCGCCACUCCACCCGAAGACAUCACGUCCUCAGAUGACGACGACCGAGCAGCCGUGAGGCGACGCAGUCGCGACUUGAGCGACGAUUCCGCAGUGGAACUGGAACCAAGGCCAAGGCGGCAUUCCCACCCUCGCGAUGUAACACCACCUCCAGAGACAAUGUCACCAAGGAGGGAGAGGACUUUGAUUGAAGCCAAUAUAGUGGAGUUGGGCCGGCGGGGUAGCGAAGGAUGUGAAACAAGAGGUCGCUGCGUGAGGACACCAAGUGUGGUCGUCAGCGAUUAUUCCGAUGGAGUCGCUGUGGGUGCUACUGAGGAAGAAGUAAACUGGUUGAGGUCGAGAUCCCUGUCAGCUGAUUCGGCCUGCUCGUCGUGUUCUACUCUGUCAAGUCGGGAGGAUGACGAGUUCGAGUCACCAACCCUACCAAAAAAGAUGUUAAACACCGAAUGAGGGCACUGGCGUCCUGAGCGACCUACGGAGCGGGGCCGAUUCGACACAACGAAGAUGGAAACUGGAACACUACUCAUGAAGAUAUUAGAAAACAAGAUGGCUGGCGUUGGGGCCAGUGUUGGAAUGUGUUGGAUAUUAUAUAGUCUUAAUUUAAUGUUUAGAAAUGAAAAACUAUUGUAAUUUAAGUCAUCCGAAAUUAUAAAAGUUGAUCUUGCGUUAUAUAUUUUAUCUUAAAACUAUAAGUGAUCGAAAGUAAUCCAUGGUUAGUUGAAUAGUUAAGUUGUCUUACAGAUGGUAGCUUGACACGAGUUCAGUUUUUUGUUAAUAGAAGUAAGAGUAACAAACGAGCAUACAGUCCACCUCAUGGUAAGUGGUGGUGUCGUCGUAGGCGGCAUAAACGUAGAUAUGAGCAUUGGCAAAGUUUAAUGAAAACCUAUUCAUUCCUACCUAUUUAUUGCAAAUAUCACCCACGAUAUAUAAUCAGAUAUCUUAGUUUAAGUAGUGUGUAUCUACUAUGUGAUGGAGGUUUAAGAGAACCCUUGAUGGGUAAUUUUAAACCGCCAUUUCAAUAGCCCCGUAGGUGUCGUAAAAGGCGACAGUGGGAUAAGCCAGAACGUCUUUUUACGUAAGGCGUAAAAUACCUAGGCCGAUGACGGGGAGUAGCGUUAAAGGUGCACGACGUCUGGUGCUGCGAUCGUCAACUUGCCUACUAAGCGUGAUGAAAAUUUCCUGUCAUAAAGGCAAAUCCUCGAGGCCUUAUGACAAGUGGACUUUUACGAUCUGAUUAAGAAAAAGGAAAGAAAGAAGUAGCUACGAUAUUAAUCGCAAUUGUCGGUACAAUAUGCGGUGGUGCAGUAGUUAGGUACUUGUUAUUAACAACUACAUCAUUUUCAAAAAAUGCCAACUUACCAUUACAUACAUAAGUUUGAUCGUAAGAACAUUCCACUUUUGGAUAUAUGCGUCUUAUUUCUGAGGGGGUUAUGGGGCAGAAUAUAUGACAACCCUUGUUACGCUACUGACGGCAGUGGCGUAACAUGGGUUGCUGCCAAAUAUGCUAAAGCAUAACAUUUUCCCAUAUUUUUAAGUAUCUUAAUAAAAACCCUUUUUACUGGAAACGAGGCAUUCCAUCUUAGUCCUCACGGGUGACAACGCAUCUGCAUUUUGAUUCGUAAUCGAAGAUAAAUUUUUGUAGACGUUUGUUAUAUUUUAAUCAAAAAUAUUCAGUAACUCUUAUUCCGGUUUUGAGAUUUUUUGUCAUCAUUCAAAAAAUUGAGACGGGGAGCUAAUUUUGCUUUCUUAAAAUACCGCUCCUAAUAGUCCCCCUGCUAAGCCACUGAUUGUAUUAGAUUUUCAAUUUUAAGGUGAAUAUAUAGCUCCUUAUCUACUGUCUACGGCUCAAUAGUUUAGUUGUGUGUACCAUUUACUUUUUCGGUUGAUUCUUAGCAGUUUUCUCGUUCAUGAUUCCUUCUCUAAAAUGUUUUUCACAAACAAAUCCCUGAUUUCUUAUGUACGUCGAAAUACCUAUGAAAUUACAUUUCAUUAAACGUUCAAUCACGGAAAUGGUUUUAAAUUUUUAAAUACAUAUACCAAUAAUAUCGUACUCACUUUGAAUGAGGUCAUUUUACGACAAAGUCAAGGAAAGACAAGGAAACAUUAAGAUGGAAAUGGCAUAAUAAGCUUGUAGUCUACCCGGGUUAUCUUGUCAUCAGAUAAGUAAUAUUAAUAUAGCUUAAAUAAAAUAACAUCGCAAUUUUGUACGGCGACAUUUCUUUUAAAUAUUGACUAUUCAAGGAACUGACAACUUGACUUUUAAUAAGUAUUUUUCCUAUAUAAAUUUUUUCCACCGCGUGUUCCGUCAGAACGACGUGCUUACACAGUAUAAAAUUUUUGUGCGUGAAUAAUUCAGAUUCCUUGCACCUUUUAUAGCUGAUUGACAACAUAAACAUUUUUUUUUACUAUUAUGGUGUAUUAUCUAUCCUUAACAUUAUAGAGGUGAAGUUGUUUUUAAAUAUGUAAGUUGGUUUGUACGAGGAAAUCUUUGGAACUGCUGAUCCGAUUCUGAAAAUCCUUUCACUGAUAAAAAACUACAACAUUCCGUAGGGACAUUUGUGAAGAAAUCAGUAUUAUUAUGAAAAUCGAGUCGGUGAAAUAAAAGCUGCUUGGCUGUUUUAUCAGCAUCCUCUGUCAAAACGAUUUGAUAUAAAUCAAGACAAAGUAUUGCAAAGUAACCGCCAGACUCGCCGAGGGAGUGCUCUAAGUCCGAAAAUCAUACGUGGUAGAGCCAUGCUGCAGCCAUAAUAGUAGUCUAUAAGUAUAGUUGUAGCACGAAUGGGUCGGCUCGACCGGGGAAGGACCACGCUCUCACAGAAUACCAUCGUAAAAUGGCAGCUUAACACUGCUGUGUUUCGUAUGGUGAGCGUAGAGAACCGGAGACCAUCUUAGUCCUCACGGGUGACAACGCAUCUGCAUUUUGAUUCUUUAUUGAGGAUAAAUGUAAAUGUCUAUGGGUCACAGCAACCACUUACCAUCAGGUAGACUGUGUCCUAGUUUGUCACCCUAUCCUAUAAAAAAAUCUUUGCUAUUACCUUAAAAUCCAUGCAAGCCUGGGGAAAGCCCUAGAGUCCGAUGAAGCUGUAAAAGCCAAAAAGGCUAACAGCACUAACAUCAUCAGAAGCAGCUUUAGUUUUGUUUUAAAAUAUUGUGUAAUAAUGAAUUCUUUAAGUAACUUCAGUAUUGUUUUUAAUUUCCUUAGAAUUUGUUUAGUUUAACUGUUAUGAAUUAUGAUUUUAUUAUAAAUCUAAUGCAGCUAUUGAUAUGUUGUAAUUUAAUUUAUAAUCGCACAUUUGGUAUAUUUUUGAAUGUUAUGUAGAUUUUAAACUCAGGUUGAUACUACUAAAAGCAAUAAUAAGGUAUUAGAAAUAAGAUUCUCAUUAGAUUAUUUUUAGACCUCUGAUUAAUUAGGUGUAUGAAUAUUAAUUACCAUUUAAGUAUUACUGAAUAGACUUUCUUAGCACAUUCCUUUUAAAAGUGAUUAAUUUGCAUUUUAGUAUUAUAUAUAAUUUAACCAAUCAAGAAUAACAAAGAAUGAGACAUAUCAGUUUAGGUUUUAGAUUUUUAUUCGUUAAUUUUUUUGCAAUGUUUUUAUGUAAUUUACCAAAAUAUAUUCUUGCCUUAUCUUUGUACAUUUAGCAUUAAGUUUUAUUUAUCUUUUAUUGUUACUUGUAAACAAUCAUUAUGAUUAUUAAUUAGUUUUGUUACAGUAAGUAUAUUGUUAUUCAUUUUUAAUAAUGAUUGUUAGUAAUGACAUUCAAUGACGUCAAAUAUUGGAUUCAGAAUAUCAUUUAUUGCUUCGUUAAAUGUGAUUAUUCAUAUAUGUAUGCUUAAUAAACUUUAUGGAUCGUUU